UCUGGCCUUUUUUAUGUUUUGUGAAAGCCGUUGACAUUCAACAAGCCUGCCUUGGACUUUAUUGCGGGAGAACGUUAGAAAUUGUGAAUGGGACAGAAAUCCAUGGAGAUUGUGGGGUAUGUCCCAGAGGACAAAGAACAGAUGACCAAAAAAUCUGCCGGCCGUGCGAGGGAUCUCCAGAACGCUACGACUGGCUUUAUCUCGGCUUCAUGGCGAUGCUUCCUUUGAUUUUGCACUGGUUCUUCAUUGAGUGGUAUUCAGGCAAAAAAAGCUCCAGCGCGCUGUUCCAACACAUCACUGCUUUAAUUGAAUGCAGCGUGGCGGCGAUCGUCACGCUGCUCGUGAGCGAUCCCGUGGGCUCCCUGCAGAUCCGGUCGUGCAAGGUGAAGAUGUUGUCUGACUGGUACACCAUGCUGUACAACCCGAGCCCCGACUACGUCACCACAAUUCACUGCACCCACGAAGCUGUCUACCCUCUAUACACCAUCGUGUUCAUCUAUUACGCCUUCUGUCUCGUGUUGAUGAUGAUGCUUCGGCCGCUGCUGGUGAAGAAAAUCGCUUGUGGGCUGGGGAAGUCGGAUCGGUUUAAGAGCAUCUACGCAGCUCUCUACUUCUUCCCGAUCCUCACGUUGCUUCAGGCGGUCGGAGGGGGCCUGCUGUACUAUGCCUUCCCCUACAUCAUCCUAGUGUUGUCCCUUGUUACCCUGGCUGUGUACAUGUCAGCUUCCGAAGUCGAGACUUUCAAGGAUCUCUUCGUCCGGAAGAAGCGGCUGAUCGUGCUGUUCAGCCACUGGGCCCUUCACGCCUACGGGAUCAUCUCCAUCUCCAAGCUGAAUUACAUUUACCAAGAUUUGCCCCUGCUGGCUCUGGUGCCAGCCCCGGCUCUUUUCUACUUGCUCACCGCAAAGUACACCGAGCCUUCCCGGAUACUCUCCGAAGGAGCCAACGGACAUUGACCUUCAUGG